AUGGCCCUUCUCUUCCACCAGAAGAAGAAAAAACCAGCGGCGGCAGCAGCUCCCAAGACUGAGUCAGAGGCCGGACGAUCCCCUUCACCGGGCAAACCAUCGCAGCCGGCGCGUCCGCGCGAGCCGAAGCCGCAGAAGAAGGAGGACGACGACGAUGAGAUGACGCCGCUGCCCGACGGUCCCUACUCCGAGUUCCGCCUGAUGUCGUCCGCGCUGAACGGGUGGAAGUACGACAUCAUGAAGUUUGACUCGCGCAAGAACAUCGAUAUCACGAAGUGGACGACGCCAGUCCGGCUGAAUAGGAAGGAGCCGCGGCGCGAGGUGGACGAUAGUGUAGCGGCGGCGGUCCCACAGGCGGUCGGGCCCAUGCUGGGCCCCGACGGGAAGCCUGUGAUAGGGCCUGAUGGGAAGAUGGUUAUGGUGGACUCGGAGGGGCGGCCAAUACGUUCUGGGGAGACGCAGGCGAACGGAGGGGACAAAGGGAAGGACAAGGAGAAGGCGCCGCAGAAGAAGCGGUUCCAGAAGAAGACGAGGCAGGUGUACCUGGUACCCGAGGAGACUCGGCAGCUACGGAAGGAGGAGCGUUACCCGUGGGUGAUGGAGGAUGCGUCUGGGAAGGAGACAUGGAUCGGGAAGAUGGAGGAGGUGUCUAAAGCGGAGCUGUUUGCCAUGUUCAUGCCGGCUGCGAAUGAUAUAUUCAAGUUUGUCCCUGCGCAUCGAUGGUACAAGUUCCAGAGGCAGCCGAAUUACCGCGUCCCUAUGCAGUUAGAGGAGGUAGAAGCAUUGAUGGCCAAAAUUCAGAAGAACAAAGAGCCGGAGCGCGUCCUCCGCCGCAUAUACGGACAGAAUGCUUCUGAUGCUACGAAAGCUUUGUUCAAGGCCGAGCGCGAGGGAAGUGUGGCACCAGUCACGGCCAGCACGAGUCUCGGACCGGGCGGCCGGCGAUUAAGAACAGUUGACAGCGGCAUGGCUGGACUGUUCGGCGAUGAUGAUGAGGACGGCGAGGAGCGUAAGCGCAAGAUAAAGCGAGAGCUCGGGGCGGAGGGUGAUGUGGAUGAGAUGGAUUUCGAGGAGACGUUCGCGGAUGAUGAAGAGAAGAUGGAUAUGGAGGAUCGGGAGGACGAGGAGGCGAGGGAGCUCGAGGAGCGGCUCAAGAAGGAAUACAAGAGUGCGAACAAGGCUCGGGAAGGGUACGUUGACGAGAGCGAAGAGGAAGAGGAGACUACCCUUACCCGUGCAGGCAAGACGCUGCAGAAAACGCUGCAGAAGCUGGAGAAGGACGGUGGCUACGAGGAGAGUGAUGAGGAGGAGAAUCCAUACGCUAGCGAGGUCGAAGAGGAGGAGGAGGAAGUGCCCGUGCCCGUCCAGACCGGUCCCGCAAUCAUCCCUCCCUCGCCUAAACCACGCACGCCCUCCCAAGGAACGACCUCUUUCCCCACGCCCUCAGCUACGCCUACGCACAUCAACGGUACCAAGACGCCAAUGCAGGUCAAGACGGAGUCACCGCAGCUCGAUCUGUCGCGGCCGACGUCACCCAUCGCUGGGCACGGCGGGCACUCGAUCGUCGCGAAGCGCGCGACGAGCCCGAAGAUGCCCAAGGUGCCCAUUCCUGGCACUGGCAUGCGUCCCACAUCGCCACUGGCGGGCCGUAUGACGAGCCCGACCUCGCCAACGUCGCCGCUUGCAAACGGCAAGCCCUCCAUCAAACGGAAGGCGACGGAUGACGGCACCGGUGGGCCCGUUGGCCCUAGCGGUGCUGGAUCUACGCAGGGCGCACCGAAGAAGAAGCGCAGGAGUCAUGCGCCGCCACCGACGACGGAGCUGGAGGAUCGGAUGGUCAUCGAGUGGCUGCGAGACACGCCGGGCGCGACGACGCGGGACUGCAUUCACCAUUUCACGCCAUGGCUGACGGAUGAGGCGAAGAAGGUGCGAUUCACUGCACUGGUGAAGGAGGUGGCUCACCUUCGGCUGGGGGUGCUGGUGCUGAGGCCGGCAUAUCGGGACGCGGUGGGCCCUGGGCCGGGGGCAGGAGGUGCAUCGCCGACGUCGCAGGCGGUAAGCCCGGCUGCGUCGUGA